AUGAAGUCAGCAGAGAUCAGAUUCUCUCAACAGAGACCUCUACAGCACAGAGAUCCAACCAUGGCACCCACAAUCACUGCAGCAAUGACCGAUUCUCAGGAGCAUCUGACUCUGACCCACAAGAUCUUGUCUUUGUUCAUGCUAAAAUUAAACUGCAGAAUAAGUGUAUUAAUGACUUUGUUCUUAUUUCUGCAGCUUAGAAAGCCUCUGGACUCCAAGCUGGAGAAAGCAGACAUCCUGGAGAUGACAGUUUGUGUCCUGAGACGACUGCAGCAGCAGAAUCAAGCUGUGGACUCAGCAGCUGUCGAUCAGGGCUACUCCAGCUGUGUCCAGGAGGUGAAUCACUUCCUGUCCAAAGAGGAGGUUGAGACACAGUCCCAGAGAAGACUUGUGAACCACUUCAACAAGCAGCAGUCUCUGUCUGAUAAGAAGCUGAGAGAGGCUGACUUCUCUCUUCUGAGCUCCACAGUCCAGACCAGCAUCACCAAAGAGAAGAGUCUGGCCAGGAGCGCCCCCUGGAGGCCGUGGUAGACAC